AAAAAUUGAAUCCGAUAAAGAAAUUAAACAUCAGGGUAAAUUCCAAGGAGUACCCACUCCUCCACCUCUUCCACAACCGCCCCAAAAAUAUCAGCCUGUUGCAAACCGAAAUAAUUUCGUUGAUCGUAAGGAUUGUUAUAAAUGUCUACAAAAAGUCGCACUGAAUACGAUGAGCUCUGAAGACUUCCAAAUAUGGAAACGCUGUAGAGGAUGCGUGGUGAGAUAUUGCAAAACUUGUACAUUAAAAAGAUCAAACUAAACUAAAUAAAUAGUGCAUUUGAUAUUGAUACAAUACAGAUUUUAAAACAUUUUUUUCUAAUUAUUUUGCUUACGGUUUAAAUCAAACAAUGAUCUGCAUACAUAUACGUGAGUAAAAGAUUUGCGCAGCAUCAGCGAAUUCGAACUUUUCCGAGAAAACCCUCUCUUCUCUUGAUAAGCAUAAUGUUCAAGAGAAUUCAUCCAAUGAGUCACACAAUAACAAUAGCAACAUGCAGCCGCCACACACAACUGAAUUGCAUUGUAAUAACGACAUUCGACGCUUGCAAAACUUAAAGAAAUGUCGGAAGAUUUAAGAUGUCCCAACUGCGAUUCAAGAGCUAUGAUGAGGAAGAGGUACUUGGCUAUAUCACGAAUGAAGAAGUUAAAGAUGGAUUUCUGCGCUCUUUGCUGCUGCCGUCGAUAUUGUGGAGUAGGAAUUUAUGAAACUGUCUUCAAUUGCCGAUCGUGCGGAUGGAAAGGCGAUUUUCACAGUCUACACUAAGUGUAUUUGU